AUGGAGACCACGGCUAAGUUCCUGGACUUGGUGUGGACUACUACCACUGGGAAAAAGGUGGAUUCGGGACCCAAGCCCCUGGAAACUUGUAAACACGGGACACACGUGACCCCCUCGAGGGCCCCACAGGCUGCCUUUGGAGAGCGUUUCCAGAACCGGGGGACUUUCUGUCCAGGGGCCCAGGCCGAGAGUUGUGAAACGGCCCUCCCAGUCCUCCUGUUCCCACCUGCCGGCUACGUGCCCCCCCAGAGCCCCCAGCCCCGCACCCCAGUCCUACCCCCUGACAUUGUCACCUCUCAGUGCUGGAGUCUCCUGUUCCCUGUGGCCUCUUGGAACAAACUUCCAGAACUUCCCCCGCUGGCCGGGCCCCAGCCUCAGCUGUGGCCCUGGUUGGCUGACGGGGCCUUCCCCCAGAAUCUUUCUUUGUUCCUCAGCCCCGACACCCCUUCCCCAUCCUCAAGAUUGGAGGGAGUUUCCUGCAGGAGUGCCCCUACCACCGACAUCAGCAACAGCUUCUGCAGGGAACCCCCUGCCUCCUUCCCCCUCGCCUUGCUGAAGAGUCUAGUGGGGGCUCCGGUGCUGAGGUGCCCCCCGGGCGGAUUCUGCUCCCUGAACCUGAGGGUCCGAGCCAAUAUCACCCUGACGGAGCUCAUCAAAGGUGUAGAAGUUUGCACCCUGGCGCUGGACACACAACACUCCGACUGUGUGAGCAUCUGGUUCCCCCCGGGCCUGGGCCGGCACCUGGACGGCAGGACCUUGCAGGUGCAGAGCUCCUGCUUGGACGCGGGCGUGGGUCAGCAGCUCCACGUGACUUUGACCACCAUCCCCAACUUCUGCCGUGUCGAACUGACCCAGCUGCUCCAGGUGCCCGACUGUGAAAAUGAAGAUCUGGAGAAGAAUAUCCCUCUGUGCUUUGUGGGCACGUUGGAGUGGGAGGUGGACAGGGUCCGCCGGAACAUCACGGUUCGGCUGGUGCAGCUCCCCGAAGGCCAGGACUAUCACGUGCGCCUCUGCCGCAAACGCUUCUCCUGCGAAGAAGAGGGUAGACCUGCCCUGGUUAGGUGGAAGGAGAAGGAGAAGACUGUCUCGCUGCCGUAUUCCCGGCUGCUUCCGUGCCUGUGCAUUGAGGGCUGGUCGGCAGUUCUGGAUGCGAGGAGACUCCAAAUCUGCCCCUUCAAAAAUGAGACGGACGCUCUGUGGGAUGCUGUCUGGUUCAACCCCCUCACGCAGGGGUUGGUGUGGGAGCCACCCUGUCCCAUCCAGGCCCAGAUCCAUCUGUGCCAGGGGUCGGAGUCUGGGGACCAGUGCGCUGAGCUGCCCAAAUCGGCCCAGACCGCCCAGGGGAAGGUGAUGUACUCCCGGGUGGACCCCCACCCCCGCCUCUGCAUCAAGUUCACCACCCAGCAAGGCUCUUGGGUGCGAUGCCCGUUUGAAAAUAGUAUCCUGACAGCCUGGAAGAUGGGCCUAGUCGUCCGGGCGGGCAAGGUGCAUGUGGCCUUCUCCUCUUCCCACCGGGCCCGUUUCGAGGCGCAGCUGUGCAACAGGACGCAGCCCCUCGCCUGCCAGCCCAUCCAGAAAUUUCCCCCGGUGUCCAUGCUGCUGCUACCGCUGGUACGCCAGCUGGGACAGCACUUAGAAUCUGAGAGUCACUGA